AUGCCCACAAAAGGCCCUCCACGAGCUCCAAAACCACUCUCCAAAACCACCAUUACCUCCUCCUCCUCCUCAAAACUCUCUAAAACCCCCUCCAACUGGCCCCCCGAAAUAAUCUAUCUAACCCGUCCCCGCCUCAGCAGAUCCCUCCCAGCCGAAGCCCUCACUCACCUCUCCCUGUCCCCCACUAGUCCCCCGUCCAUCCCCUCCACCCUGGUCAGAAUCCGCAAAAUCACUGACCUAGCACAUCCAGCAUUCGGCCAACUCGGACUCUUCGCCGCGAAAACCCUCCCCGCACGCUCAUUCAUCUUGGACUACCUAGGCUACGUGCAUGACGACAACGACCUAGAUGAGUCGUCGGAUUACGACCUCUGUCUGGACAAGGAACUACAUGUUGGCGUGGACGCGCGCAGCAUGGGAAACGAGGGAAGGAUGGUUAACGACUAUAGGGGGGUUCCAGGGCUUGUGAGGGCUAAUGUUGUUUUCGAGACCAGAAGGAUCGGCGGUGACAAUGAGGGGGAGGUUAGGAUGGGGUUGUGGGUUGGGAGUAGAGAUGUGAAGAAGGGGGUUGAGCUGUGUGUUAGUUAUGGGAAGGGGUUCUGGAAGGAACGGGUAGGGGAAGUGGAGGAUUUAAGCUUAAAUUACUCGAAAAGAUGAGAAGUUAUCAUACGAAACGAGUAGUAUGAUACCGAUUGUGCUAACGGAGUUGAGUAUCAAGUCAGGCUAUGGUAGGGCGGGAUGGUAAUCAUCACGUAUAAUAUUAUGAUACAAAGGUCUUGUUAGGCUCACACCCCAUUUCAUCGAAACAAGACACAAGGGUAUACAGUAAUAACCAUAAAAACAAAAUGGAAAAGCUUGAUUGAACCUCACCACCAGGAUAAACAUAUUUCCGAAAGGGAAAGGUUUACCCAGUACAAUACCGGUUACCCGGCACUUCCCCAUCCCCUCCUUCACUUCCGUUUGUCCGUCCAUCCACCCGCCCCCUUGCUUCCCCAUAACUUAAGCCAAAAGCACCAAAAUCCAACCCAUCCCAUCCAUCAAAGUCACGAAAAGCGCCCCGCCCCAAAAAACCAAUACCCACAAUCAAACAACCAAACGCCAAAAAAAAAAUGGCAACCUUCGCCACAGGUCUCUGGAACUCCAUCUUCACACCGGGCACCAACUCCUCUCUUGUGCUAGCAACGCACGCCUCCUUCUUCGCGCUGCAGGUAACCUUCCUCGCGCUCCUGGCCGGCACGCACAGCUACCACUUCAUCAUCUUGAGCUUCAUCUGCGCCGGUCUGUGGAUGGGGAUAACGUGGUUCAUCCGGGAGAUUGAUAUUUUGAAGAAGGAGCAGGAAGAGGUUAAGGAGAGGCUUGGCGUGGAUAUGCGGCGGAAGGUGAAGGGGGGGGAGUAAUGUUUUUGUGUUGUUGGGGAUGGUGUUUGCUUGUUUGUUUGUUGGUGUGGUGGCAAUAGAUUUGUUAUCGGGGGUGCGUGUAAUGGGGCAUAAUGUUGGGUGGAUUGAUUGUUAAAGCGUGGGAAUCUACAGUAGACUACAUUUCUUCUGGUCCGCAGGUGAAUGCCGGUGGUUUGUGUUGCGAGAUAAUUUUCGUUAUUAAA